GUUUUGAUAUAUAAAUCAAGAGUCUUUGCCAACGCACUUUCGCAGAACAGUCUCAAAAGCAUUCCCUCUUCAUCCACGCUCGUUUCAAACUUACCAGGAUUCGUCCACUUCCACGUUCUUUUACUACAAUUCGGUCAUUAUCAUUCACAAUGAAGUCUCCAGUUUUCGCCAUCGCCGCUCUGGCGACUCUUACCGCCGCUAUGGAAGGCUCCAUGUUUGUGGCGGUCCACAAGCGUGACGUUGGAUUUUCUCCAAUGAACUUGGGAAUGCGACUGCGUCGCGAUGAUGGCAUUUCUUGCGUCGACCAAAACUUUUGCGACACUCAGACCUCCUGCGGAGUUGGCGAGCAGUCGAUCUGCGACCCAAAGUCGAAAAAAUGCACUUGCAAGAUUACCAAUGGAGGUGCAGCCUGCGACGCCACCGGCGGUGAUGGUUCAAGCUGGUACACGGACAGCAAGGGCAACGUAUGCUGUGAGUUCCCAUGCGAUCCAAAGGACGGUGACCCGAAGUGCAAGGAUGCGAACACUGCCAACCAGGAGAAGGCGGACUGCGCUUAGUUGUGCUGUUGUCACGGCACAUUAUAAGAAGGCUGGCCACGUUGAUCAGUGCUUCCUGUAUAUUAUGUUCAAAAGCUCCUAGAAGCCGGCAUCAAACCUGCCCCAGAGAUUUGCGUUUUUGGACUUACAGACCUCAGUCUGCAAUUUGACCAGUGUCGAAAUGUGUUCCAC